GAAGAUGGCGGACAAGUGUCAUCCUCGGUGUCCGGUCCCGUUGUAAGGAUUUAUAGGCCAAAUCAUUUCAUAUCGGGUUUUGGUUUCUCUACGUUAGAAAAGGAGGGACGUUGUCAUCGCACCCUCAGUGACUUGAGUUCUGGAGGCCUGGUUAAGUGAGCGGAGAUGCAGCCCCCUCCUCGUCCAGCUCCCCCAGGAGCAUGUGGUCCACCCCCGACCUCUGGAGGACCUAAUGCGUAUAGGAGGACCCGACCUCACAAGCACGGCGCAGUAGCUACAGCACCAUCACCUGCUCCGCCCUCGCAGCCAAUGACUGACCCCUUUGCCUUUGGGAGGCAAGCUCCUCCUCUGCUGCCAUUGGGUAGCCAGGCUCCGCCUACAAACAGUAGUUCUCUUCCUAUGCAAGCUCCUUCCCUGGCAGGUUUUCUCCAGACUGCUCCUCCUCAAGGCCCACCGUUUGGAGCCCAAGCAGCAGCAGCAGCAGCAGUUUGUCCCCCACCUGCUGUCUUCACCCCUCAUCCUGGUCCCUCAGGGCAGCCACCAGCUCCUAACCCACCUCCUGCCGAGCCUGGCUAUUUCAGCUCCCAAGAGCCAAUGCCCUACAUCGCGCAGUUGCCUAACCCCGUCCCUUCUUUCAGCUCCAGCCAAUUGCAGCCCCUUUCUGCGGCCUCGACGCCACCAGUUCAAAGCACCCCUCUGUUUCAGCCCACAUCCCCUACUCCUCCUCAUUUGGUUCCUGAUCGCGGGAGCCGUCCUCCUUCUGUUCAGAACUACUUUCAGCCAACGAGCGAUACACCUCAGCCAUUCCAUGCCACCCUCCAAUCACAGGCCCCACCUCCUGGGCCCUUGCCCCAUCACGCGCCACCCCAGACGCACGCCCACAGUCGUGCUCACGCAGCCAUGCUAAAUACGAGCGGGCCGCCUGUUUCCCAGCAACAGAACUCCCUUUUUUCAACACAGAAUUACUUCAGCCAGACAGGUGGAGCCUCAGAUCCGUGGUUCAGUCACGGUCCCCAGGACCCAUCUCAAGAUGCGUGUCCUGUCCCUUGUAAUGUUACCCCCGGUGACCCUGGAACAGUGUCUAUGUUUUUCCAGGGCAACGACGUAGAGAAUAAAGAAACCCUUUCUGGGGAGGGCCGUCUAAAUGGAGUAUCGCAUCCUCCUCACACAGGGGUCGCGACGGAGGCUCCUUAUUUGAAUGACAGUGGGAAUAUCAGAGCCAGCACAGGUCCAUGUGACACUGUGGAGAAUCUGGAAUGUGUUCCCAACCAGGAAGUGCUGCCCAGUGAGCCACCACCUAGCCACGCCUAUGAGGCGGGGCCCAACUUGGAGAUGCCUGACUCUGCUCUUCGCCCUCCAAGUGUCUCUUCUAGCUACAGCAACGUCAGCCACAGCAGUGGCCCCACCCUCCACAGUAGCAGUCACCAAGCUCGGCGGCAUCAGGGCAUUAUCGGGACGUUUAUCCAACAAGAAAGCCCCCGCCCGCCUGAUCCAGCUGCCUCGCACCCCUCCACGACUGGAUACUUUGAACAGAUAGAUUCUGCACCUGCCCUGGAGCUGAGUCCCAUCUUUCCUACCCCGAGCCCCCCCAAGCCAGUAGGUGUGUUCCAGCCAAGUGCUAAUUCCUCCUUUGAGCCGGUGCGGUCGCACGGUGUUGGGGUCCGGCCUGCUGAAGUUGACCAAGCUAGAAUGGUGAUGGAGAAGAUCGGCGCCGACGGGUUACCCGGCAAUCUGGAGCAACCUCCGGACAACAUGGAGACAAUCUGCUUCCCAGGAGGGCAGGAUCGCAGGCCUUCGUCUCGUGCCCAGGGGUCCCGACGACCCUGCGAUAGCCCUGCCACAACCCUCUGGGCUCAGAGUGAUCCCACCAGUCUCGGCGCUAACAUUCUCUUAGCGCCUGCAGCGCCCCCUCUGGCCGCUACCUUUGCUCCAGCACGCCGGGCCAGCGCGGAGGUCAUCCAGCCGCCGGAGGAUGGCCCCCUGGAUCUACACCCGCCCAGGGUACAUGCGCAGCCUCACUCGGAAAACCUCGAGAACCCGCCGGACUCCCUUCCUCAGGCAAGUCUGGGCUACGCAUCCCUGCUGGUGGCCACGCCCCCUGUAGAGGCUUUAAACCAGCCCGUCUUAAUCGCGCCACCUUCGUCCAAUUACAGUGUGAUUUCUCCUCAAAGCCCUGUCCACACAGCCAAUCAGACGAGUCCCACGAAGACCACCUCCCCUGUUCGGCCAUUGGCUCAAACCCCAGUGGCUAAUCAGCUGCCACAGAGUUCCUUGAGCAAUCAGCCGCUGCCUCUUUUCUCACAGACGCCAGUGAGCUUUCCCCCGCCUUCCUGUCAGAGUCCGUUGAAUCUGGCAGUGGAGGCCAAAGACGCUUUGCCUGCUGUCAAAUCUGCCCACCCUCCUCUUUUCAGGGCCCAGUCACUGAAAGGUGAUGGUCAAGCGGUCCCGCCUCCCAAUCCACAAAUCCCGUCUUCUGAUUCUGCCACCAAUCAAAAUCCACCCUCAAAUUACGAGCUACUUGAUUUUUCUAUGCACCAACCACAGAUCCCAAAUCUGCCCGCUCUGCCGCCUGGCCCUGUGAAUAACACGCCUGGCUUUUACCUGCAGGUCACCAAAGACUCUCAGCAGGGUGGGCGGGCCGACACCGAGCCUCUGCUUCAGCCCCAAAACGCGAACGCCCCCAGGCCGCCUAGUAGUCAAGUUACCAGUGAGCCCCCUGUCCCCCUCCACCCUGCCCAUCCAGCUGCCGUGCAGCGUCUGCCUCCAUCACAGACCCCACCCACCUCCAAGCCUGCCCAACCCCCUGAAUCUGCACCAUCCCCGGCUGCCGGCUAUUCUCCCAAACCUGGAAAUCCCGCUGCCCCACAUGAUCCCCAGAGACCUCCUUCUGUCACUGGGGGCUACGCCCCACCUCCCAUGCCUUCGGGGCCUGGGUAUGGUGCUUACUAUCCGGAGUAUCAAGAUGGAAGACAUCCCUACCCCCCUCAGUACCCGGUCAUGGACCCAAGGGCUCAGAACUACUACCAGGAAGAUCCGUACCGGAGAGCGGAUCCCCGCUACAGCCGGUACGACGGACCAAAUCCCGGUUACCGGGACACGGAGCGACAGCCCGAGAGGCCGAGUUCUAGAACCAGUCAGUACUCCGACCGACCCAGCUCCAGACAGGGUUACAGUGAGGAUUACACCAGGCCUAGCCGCAGUGCCUAUGAAGAGUACUAUGCAAACUACUACAAGAAACAGUACGAGCAGUAUGCAGAUCAGAGCAGGUGGUAUGACCCCAGCGCUGUAUAUGACCCCCGUUAUAGAGCCUACUACGACCAGGCCUACGGCUGGUACAACUAUAACCACGAGGCCUACCGAACCGCCGACCCUUAUUAUGGCCAGCAGUAUCCCAGCAGGCGGGAGGGCUACGACGACCCGUGGCGAUACUAUCCGGGCUACGACUCCAGGUUCGAUGAUGAUUACCGCGCGCGCGACCCGUACGCAGACGACUUCGACCGGCGGUCCGUCCACAGCGAGCAGUCCGCCCGCAGCGUCCACUCCGCCCACAGCCGGCGAAGCAGCUUUAGCUCACGCUCGCAACAGAGUCAGGUCUACAGGAGUCAGCCAGAUCUGGUUGCUGCGGGUUACGAUUCCACGGUGCCUGUGGACUAUUCUUAUGGCCAGUAUCCUGACCAGUCUAACACUCAUAACUACAGCCAGUACAAUGCCACGGACACCACCUGGACUGCCCCAGAACAACCCCCUCCGAGACCGGUGACCCCGGAGAAGUACUCCGUUCCUCACUGUUGCGCCCGCUUCGGCCCGGCGGGUCAGCUGAUCCUGGUGCAGCCCAACCUGCCUUCGGCCGGCCAGCCGGCCCUCGUGGAGCUUCACAGCCUGGAGGUAAUAAUGCAGGAUUCUCCAGAGCAGUCUGACCUGCGAGCGUUCCCAGGACCGCUUGUCAAGGAGGAGACCCACAAGGUGGAUGUUAUAAAGUUUGCGCAGAACAAAGCCCAGGAGUGCAUGCGCAACGACGGCCUCAUAGACAAGGACUCUGCCUGCCUUAUCUGGGAGUUCAUAAUGCUGCUCUGUCGUCAGAAUGGGACGGUAGUUGGGACAGACCUCGCUGACCUGCUGCUGAAGGAGCAUCGCUCUGUGUGGUUGCCUGGGAAGUCGCCCAACGAGGCAAACCUAAUCGAUUUCACCAAUGAGGCGCUGGAGCGUCCGGAGGAGGAGGAGUCGGGGCCGCUCUCCCUCCUGUCAGACACUGUCAUGAGUGUACCCGAGAACGUCGGCAAGGAAACGGAGCGCUUUAGAGAACUUCUGCUGUUUGGGCGAAAAAAGGAUGCUCUGGAGUCUGCUAUGAAGAAUGGACUUUGGGGACAUGCCCUUCUUCUGGCCAGUAAGAUGGACAGCAGGACACAUGCAAGAGUCAUGACCAGGUUUGCCAACAGUCUGCCCAUCAACGACCCCCUGCAGACAGUCUACCAGCUUAUGUCCGGGAGGAUGCCUGCUGCAGCUACGUGUUGUGGGGAUGAUAAGUGGGGAGACUGGCGCCCUCAUCUGGCCAUGGUGCUCUCUAACCUCACUCACAUCCUAGAUCUGGACACGCGCACCAUCUCAACGAUGGGGGACACGCUGGCCUCCAAAGGUCUGAUGGAUGCGGCUCAUUUCUGUUACCUGAUGGCUCAGGUGGGUUUUGGCGUCUUUACUAAGAAAAGCACCAAGAUGGUCCUCAUUGGCUCCAACCACAGUCUGCCGUUUGUGAAGUUCUGCACUACAGAAGCCAUCCAGAGGACGGAGGCCUACGAGUACGCUCAGUCCCUGGGCUCCCCCCCCCUCUCCCUGCACAACUUCCAGGUGUUUAAGUUCAUCUAUGCUUGUUGGCUGGCGGAGGCAGGUCUCUGUGCUCAAGCCUUCCAUUACUGUGAGGUCAUAUCCCACGCACUGCUGACCUUACCUGACUACCACUCACCUGUGUUUAUUGGUCAGCUGAUACAGAUGUCUGCGCGAUUGAGAUUUUUUGAUCCCCAGUUGAAGGAGAAGCCAGAGCAGGAGCUCUUCCAAGAGCCUGAUUGGCUACUGCAGCUCCGACAGCUCAACAACAAGAUCAAGGACGGCGUGAUAGCGUUGCGUACGAAUCACAGUCCUCUCCAGCCAUCCGUUUCCCCCACACCGAGCUCCGAGGACCAGCGUAACCCACAUGACCCUUCAGCUAUGACCUCUGACCCCAACAACCCCCUCAUGACCUCCCUCAUGCCGCAGGCGGGCCCACCCACACCAGGGGUGCAGCUCAUGCCACCAGCUCCAGCUGUCAUUUUACGAGAUGGGGUGGGCCUGCUGCCCCAGGGCCCUCCUCCCAACGCAGAGGCUGUUCCGUUUUACCCAGCAUCCCCUCUUCCCCCGGCCCAGCCCGGCUUCCUCCCGCAGUACCAGCCUGAGCACACGGAGCCUUACGGGCCCGUGCCAACGCAGCACGCCGCCCAUUCGCCUUCCAGCAUGCCCCCAAAGCUCCCCCUCUACCCACCCAUGGAAAUGCCCCCCCAGGUGGCCGGGGUGGACUCCACACCUGCGCCGGCCUCGCCUCUGCAGCUUCCUCAGCCAUCCCCGCCCUCACGCGGCGCCCCUCCGCCGAUGGACUUCUACGACAGCAUGGCCCAUAUUAGUUCAGGAAGACGGUCCAGAAGCACUUCUCAGUCUUCUGCACACCUGGCGGCAGGACGUCGCUCUCGGACUGUGUCGGAAUCCUCCACCCAUUCGGCAGGCCGGGAGCGCAGCAACUCUAUGGCCAAUCAGAGCUCUCCUCCGCCACCGCCCAUUCCAGAAGCACCGCCUCAGGAAGUGCCCAAGAAAACUAAGAGUGAUUCUCCCAAAAAGGGAGGGGGUGGAGGCUUUCUGAGUUGGUUUCUGAAGGGAAAGAAUGAAGCCCAUCUUCCAGAUGACAAGAAUAAAUCUAUUGUUUGGGAUGAACAGAAGCAGAGAUGGGUGAAUCUGGAUGAACCAGAGGAAGAGAAUAAGCCACCUCCCCCUCCCCCUACAAUGUUUCCAAAACUUCCGACGGGCGCUCCGGCUCUGGGGGUGGGUCCAGGAAUGACCGGGCCACCGGGCAGACCAGGGGCGGGACCAUCUGUUAAUAUGUUCUCCAGGAAGGCAGGCACUAAGUCUCGCUACGUGGAUGUGCUGAAUCCAGGACGUGGAGAUUGUAAACCAGCUCCUGCGGUUGCUCCUCCUGCUGACCUGUUCGCUCCCCUUGCCCCCAUGACCUUACCAGCCAACCUCUUCGUUCCCACCGCAGCUCCAGAGGACCAGCAUCCAAUUGAAGGAAAUGUUCCAGAUAGCAGUGGAGACAAUGCACAGCACACACAGCCCACAGCUACUGUUCCACAGAUGUUCAAUCCGACCCUUUUGCCACCAGGCCCAGAGGGAACGCAGUCAGGGGAGCUAUCACGUUCUAGCUCAAUGAGUUCUUUAUCACGAGAAGUGAGUCAGCAUUUAAACCAGGUCCCCCCGCAGCCGACAACCCAAGGAGCUCCGCCCCCAGGGGGCGUGACUUUCUAUAACCCGUCACAGUUUGCACAGCCUGUUUCUGCAGCUCGAUCCCGUCCUGGGAGGAUCGGCCACAGAGAGUACCCCAAAAUGAAAUAACACCCAGCCGCUGUGUGCCAGCUCACGCCAGGCUGAGUUUCUGUCCCAGACUCCGAGCUGGCGAGUGUGCCACCGCCUUACCUCCCAGCCUUCGUAACUGUAACUGUCUUCGUCGUCGUCAUGAUCGUCAUCGUUGCCACCACCACCUGUCAGCAUUGUUAUUGUCCAGAUUUGUUCCGUGUAUUUUUACUGAUAGAGUAUAUAGUCUCUCUCUCUCUCUCUCUCUCUGUCUCUCUCUCUCUCUCUCUCUCUCUCGAAUGCUUUUCUCUGAUUUGGAACCUUGUGACAUUUAAGUGCAAUAAUGUUUAGAUUCGCUUUGCUAGACCUCUCUGCCUAAUAGUAACUGCAUUUCAGCCCUGUUGGUUUGUAUGAACUAGUGUGGGGGGGGUGAGGGGUGGUGGGAGGAACCCAGUGUGAGCAUCUGGCCUGUUGUUGUCGUGGGAACGCGACAUGAGGUUAUGCUCAUUGAAAUGUUCUCGCUAUUUAUUGCAGCUUCCUGAUGGAACAAGUCCUUUUUAAAAUCACCACACCCCCACAGUCUGUAUAUCAGAAUAAAUAUUUAUGAGCUGUAGUCAGAGAAAUGUACCCCACCCUCACUCUCCUUUACCUGAUUCAACCUGCAAUUUUCACAAUUAGUUGCAUUUUAUUACAUUCAUGAUUUAUAUUAAAAAUCCAUGAAUCACUCACACGUUUCUGCUUACUUGUCAUUUAUCAGUUUUUUCCAAGAACAUUGAUCAUCUGUUUCCUCUGUAAUCAAAAUAUACAUUUCUGAUUGCUAAUGGGUUUAUUUUUCCUCUCCCUCGAUUUCACUUACCAUGAGCAGCCACGUCUUGUUACGCUGGCAACGGUUGUUAUUUUUUUAAUAUUUUAUUUUGUGUGGGGCAGUGAGGUGUUCCAAAGGAACACUCUCUCCUGAAGGAAGCCUGGACUUCUCCAUUGUGUUUAGAAUUGACUGUAAAAAUUACCCCCCCCAAAAAAACCAAGUGAUGAAAAUAAAGAUAUUUUUGAGCUCUUUAA